GUAGCUUGCGCCCGUACCGACUGCCGUCCGUCUCCCAAAAUCUGAAAGAGGUUUUGUUUUAUUUGUUUGAAGUUUAGAGUAGGCCAUUAGAUUUAUCAUUUAUUCAUAAAUCAUAACGAUCACUACGUGACUUACCGGAAUGGAAAGUUUCAAUCGUUUAUGGAGCGGCAUACACAGUGGACGAUUAGCUGUUUUCUCGAACAUCUUCGGCGGUGUAUUCCAGCCAAGAAUACCAGUCCAAAUGUGCAGUGGCAUCUACAGAAGCUGUAGUUUGGCUCCUCAUCCUCUCAUUUCUUCACGGGAAUUAUCUGUGAUGAAAUCCAGAUCUUGGGAACGACCCCGAAAUGACAUUAUGUCUCGUGCAACGUGCGAAAACCUUGCUGGUGCUCGGUGCGCGUCUGUGGACGUGGGGCAGUCCCUUAGCACGCCUAGUGCGGAAAUAAUGCAGUCCUUUCCGGCUCGCGUAGCCGAGAAACUAGUGGGAGUUUACCGCAAAUACGGAUUUACCGCUCUUACAGUGCAUACUGCCGGUGCCAUCGUAUCACUUCUCUUUUGGUGGGGUCUCGUUGCAAGCCCUGUGGAUGUGAUGAAGAUUUUUGGGGAAAUUGGCGUGUUGACACCGCUGACGCUGUUAGCUACUCGCCUUGCGGAAGCUGUCAUCCCGGGAUCACUUAUCAUUGCUUAUUGUUUGCACAAGGCUACUGCCCCGCUUCGAUGGAUCAUCACCAUUGCGUUAACGCCUUAUUUGGUCCGGAGACAGGCGAAAAUUGUAGCUCCAUGAGUUCAAAUUAAAGUGAACAGCUCCAAGUCAUUUAUAGCUUGCUCUAUAUUAUGGUUGGUGUUUGGUUAUACUGAUUUUGCGGUUCCUAAUGUUAUUGAAAUUUUUCAUCUUUUGAUUGGUAAUUUUGGUAAUUUCUUAUAACAACAGGAUCUCACUACGGUCACUAUGUCAUUAAUAUUAAAAAAGAGUUUUUAAGCACUUACGAGUGUGUAUGUGCGAUAAUUACUUGUGGAAAUGCAUAACUUGGUGUUGGUGUUAAAAUUUGACGGACUGUAAAUGGGAUAAAGCAUUCGUCUGUG